AUGGCUGGUCAGGGACAUCAGUUUCCUGGUAAUUUCCAGGGAAAUGCUGGUGCUAUGCGGACAGGCUUCGGCGGGCCUAUGGGUGGUCAAAUGCAAUCUAUGCCUAAUCAGUUAACCGGUGUCAUGGGUGGGCCCAUGGGUAAUGCUGGCAUGGUCGGUAUGGGUAAUCAAAUGGUUCCUCCAUAUGGUGCAGCAAUGCCAGGUCAAAUGGGAAACAUGGGCAUGGGUGGACAGGGAAUGGGGACACCAAUGUCAGGAGUAGGUGCAGGUCCUGGAGGUCUUGGACCCCAAGCUGUCCAACAACAAGGUAUUCAAGCAGGCGGAGCAGUACAAGCAGUGGCUAAUCCUCCUCCAGCCCCUGCGGCACCUCCCCAACAGAGCAAAGAGUUUAAUACUGCUUCUUUAUGCAAGUUUGGCCAAGAGACAGUACAAGAUAUUGUAAGCAGAACUCAAGAUGUAUUUCAAACAUUGAAAGCAAUCCAACCACCAAACGGAACACCACAUGGAGAAAACGCCAGUAACGACAAAAAGGCUAAAAUGCAAGAGCAGUUAAGGACCAUACGACUUUUAUUCAAAAGAUUGAGACUCAUAUAUGAAAAAUGUAAUGAAACUUGCCAGGGCAUGGAAUACACUCAUAUGGAGAGUCUCAUACCGUUAAAGGAUGAAGCUGAUAACAAAGCACUGGAUGAGAGGCGGAACACAGAAUCUUAUAGACUGGCUUUGGAGGAAAACCGAGAAUUAACUGAACAGGUUGUGCUCAAAAAUAAGCAGUUAAAGGAAGUGAUAACAAACUUAAGGACUAUUAUUUGGGAAAUCAAUGUCAUGUUGACAAUGCGACGGUCG